AUGGCCUUGACAACGAGUGACUAUGAUCUAUGAGUUGAUCCAUAUCAUGUUGAGAAAACGGGCUCCUGUUGUGAAGUUUGCAGUCUGGCGGGCCCAACACCUAUUGUAAGAGCAAUACUAUGUAAACCGUCAGUCUCUGGAGGAGUCAUUGUGAUUGGAGGAUGUGAACUAGAUGUUCCACAGUCAUCGCAGGAUCCACUUAUUCCUUCGGAGUAUUCGGUGACGAAAAUCAUAGAAAAACGUGUUCGUGAUUACUUCAACAACCAUGGAGAUAUUGAAUUGGAAGGAUUCAUUCUUCAUUACAACGUAUCGUUAGAUGGUCCAUGUCCACUAAUUUACGCAUGUGUUGCAACUCCCUCAUUUGGCUCGGAAAGAGCACAGGAGUUCCUCUGUGCUGUCAAGGUAUGA